GGCUGCCAGGAUGGAGACCAAGAUCCCGCCGGCCGUCACCCCCACCAGCCCCUCCUCCCCGGGGAUGUCCCCGGUCCCGCCGCCGGAUAAAGUGGACGGCUUCUCCCGGCGCUCGCUGCGCCGCUCCCGCCAGAGGAGGUCGCACAGUUCCUCCCAGUUCCGGUACCAGAGCAACCAGCAGGAGCUCACGCCUCUCCCUUUGUUGAAAGAUGCUGCCGUUUCAGAGCUGCAUGACCUUCUGUGCAAGAAGCUCCAGCAAUGCUCCAUCCUCUUCGACUUCCUGGAUUGCGUCGCCGACCUGAAGGGCAAGGAGAUCAAGCGGGCAGCCCUCAACGAACUGGUGGAGUGCGUGGCCACGAACCGUGGCAUUCUCAUAGAGCCACUCUACCCCGAGAUCAUCAAGAUGAUCUCUGUCAAUAUCUUCCGGACACUUCCACCCAGUGAGAACCCUGAGUUUGACCCUGAAGAAGAUGAACCCAACUUGGAGCCCUCUUGGCCACAUCUACAGCUUGUUUAUGAGUUUUUCCUCCGGUUCCUCGAGAGCCCAGACUUCCAACCCUCAGUUGCCAAGCGCUACAUAGACCAGAAAUUUGUAUUGCUGCUACUAGAGCUCUUUGACAGCGAGGACCCCCGGGAACGUGAAUACCUCAAGACCAUCCUCCACCGUGUCUACGGCAAGUUCCUGGGCCUGCGCGCCUACAUCCGCAAGCAAUGCAACAACAUUUUCUUGCGGUUUAUCUACGAGACAGAGCAUUUCAAUGGUGUGGCGGAACUGCUGGAGAUCCUGGGGAGUAUCAUCAAUGGCUUUGCCCUGCCCUUGAAGACAGAACACAAGCAGUUCCUGGUACGAGUCCUCAUCCCACUUCAUUCAGUGAAAUCCCUCUCCAUAUUCCAUGCCCAGCUGGCUUAUUGCGUGGUCCAGUUCCUGGAAAAGGAUGCCAUGUUGACAGAGCAUGUGAUCCGUGGGCUCUUGAAGUACUGGCCAAAGACCUGCACGCAGAAGGAGGUGAUGUUCCUGGGAGAGAUAGAAGAGAUCCUAGAUGUCAUUGAACCCUCACAAUUUGUGAAGAUUCAGGAGCCGCUUUUCAAGCAGGUGGCUCGCUGUAUCGCCAGCCCUCACUUCCAGGUUGCAGAGCGGGCUCUGUAUUUCUGGAACAACGAAUACAUCUUGAGCCUGGUGGAGGAUAACUGCAACACAGUGCUGCCCACCAUCUUUGCCACACUCUAUCGUGUCUCCAAGGAGCACUGGAACCCGACCAUUGUUUCUUUGGUCUACAAUGUCCUCAAGACCUUUAUGGAGAUGAAUGGGAAACUCUUUGAUGAACUCACAGCCUCUUACAAGGUGGAGAAGCAGCAGGAACUGAAGAAGGAGAAGGAGCGGCAGGAGCUGUGGCGGCAGCUGGACGAGCUCCAGCUGCGGAAGCUGCAAGGACUGGAGGAGGCCAAGAUGAACCGCCUGAACCUGCAGCACAGCCUGGCUGUGCAGAGGGGAGAGGCGAGCUAGGAGGCCCCUCUCCCCUGGGAUCCCCCCUGCUGUGGCGUGGGAGCGACACACACUGGUGCAGUCCCCAUCCUGUACAGCUGACCCCCACUCACCAGGCCUGUGCCAAACCAGAGCUCGUGCCCUCUGCCCUUCUUGUUGGUGGGCGUGCCCCCCCUUCCCCAUUGCCCCACAGGGAAUU